CCCAUUGGUGCGCAACUUGUCAAAUGUCAUUUUUGCCAACAUGGCUGCGAUUUGAGUCGCCUUGAUUGUCGCACGCUGAUAACCGUGUAAGUGCCCCCACAUUUCCCAAAUAAAUGUGCAAACUCGUGUCGCGACCAGCCCCCUGAUUCAGCAAUAACAGAUCGAUCAUGUCGCUUUGGGCCAAGGCGCAGCAGUUGCCCCCCGAGAGUCUCCAGCAAAUUCGGUCUAUCUACGGGGACCACUUCCCGAUUGAGGUGCGCCACUACCUGGCCCACUACAUUGAGGAGAAGUUCUGGUCGGAUAUAGACCCUGUGCCUGAUAACCCCCAGCAUGAGCAGUACGUGGCGGGGCUCGUUAACUCCCUCAUCCAGGAGGUGGAGAACAAGGCGGCGGUGGUCAAUGACGCUGAGUAUUUUUUGACGAAACUCAAAUUGGCCGAAGCUGCGAAAAUGUUCAGGCAGAGAUAUAGUUCUAAUCCGAUGCAGCUGUUUUCGUACGUGAGGCAGUGUCUUGCGACCGAGAUGAGGUUGGUGCAGGCCGCCAACGGCGAAGCCCUAACGGGGCUCGCCAAUUUGGUGAUUUCUAAUUCAGGGACGGAGGUUUUGCACAAGAUUGAUAUUUUGAGGAGGCGGACUCAGGAUACUGCCGACGAUUUGAGACGAAUGGAGCAGGAGCAAGAAUCGUUUGCUUUGCAGUAUCAUGAGUGUACAAAGAUUAACGCACACAUCCAACAGCUCUCCAGCCAACAGCCGACCAACGCUCAAACGACAGCCACUGUUCAAAAACUCACUCGUCAAAAAGAGAUGCUCGAACAAGUCCUCAAUCAAAAAGUGGCCGGUCUUAUGCAACUCCGUCUCGCCAUCGUCGACAAAUUCAAAGAGACCAUCCAACUCCUCAACCAACUCCAAUCCAACAUUCUCGACGACGAAUUAAUCCGAUGGAAACGCGAACAACAACUUGCCGGAAACGGUGCCAACUUCAACAGCAAUCUCGACACGAUCCAAGACUGGUGCGAAAGUCUCGCCGAAUUGAUUUGGCUCAACCGACAACAAAUCAAAGAAGUCGACCGAUUGAGACAAAAACUAUCACUUGAUCCGCCAGGAGUUGCCGAUUUGUUGCCACAAGUUCUCGGCGAUGUCACCCAACUGUUGUCUUCUUUAGUCACUUCGACGUUCAUCAUCGAAAAACAACCGCCACAAGUGAUGAAAACCAAUACGAGAUUCACAGCGACGGUUAGGUUGCUAGUUGGGGGGAAAUUAAACGUGCAUAUGACACCUCCCCAAGUGAAGGUUACGAUAAUAUCGGAAUCUCAAGCGAAUGUUUUAUUGAAAAAUGACAAGUUGGCCAAAAGUGGCGAAUGCAGUGGCGAGAUUUUAAACAACACUGGGACAAUGGAAUACCAACAAGCCACUCGGCAGUUGUCGGUCAGUUUCCGAAACAUGCAGUUGAAGAAAAUCAAACGAGCGGAAAAGAAGGGCACUGAGAGUGUCAUGGACGAGAAAUUCUCCCUCUUGUUCCAGUCACAGUUCAGUGUGGGAGGUGGUGAACUCAUGUUCCAGGUCUGGACGUUGAGUCUUCCCGUCGUUGUCAUUGUCCACGGUAACCAGGAGCCCCACGCUUGGGCCACUGUUACCUGGGAUAAUGCCUUCAGUGACGCGGGUCGAGUGCCCUUCUCAGUCCCUGAUAAGGUGUUGUGGACCAACGUGGCAGAAACCCUCUCCCUUAAGUUUAGGGCUGCCACAGGACGGCCACUCAACGAAGAUAACUUGCGGUUUUUGGCCGAUAAAGCCUUCAGAGGGAAUUACAACGAAGGGAGUAAUCCAAUGCUGAGCUGGGCUCAGUUUUGUAAAGAACCCUUGAGUGAAAGGAAUUUCACGUUCUGGGAGUGGUUUUAUGCUAUAAUGAAGUUGACGCGGGAGCAUUUGAGGGGGCCAUGGGUCGAUGGGGCUAUUAUUGGGUUUGUGAAGAAGAAGCAAGCCGAGGAGAUGUUGGCGUCGUGUCCAUGUGGGACGUUUUUGUUGAGGUUUUCGGACAGCGAGCUUGGAGGCAUCACUAUUGCCUGGGUUUCAGAUACGGGCGAAGUCUUCAGCUUGCAACCUUUCACGUCGAAAGAUUUCGCAAUAAGGUCGCUGGCUGAUCGGAUAGCUGAUCUAAAUCAUCUCAUCUACUUGUAUCCAGACAUAUCCAAAGAGAUACCUUUUGGAAAAUAUUACACACCGUUCCAAGAUAAUCAGCCGACGAGCAACAACGGCUACGUCAAGCCCGUCCUUGUGACCCACGUGCCCGGUUUAAGUGCCGCCAGUUAUCCCAACACCCCCCAGCAUUCAUUUUUACAGUCUCCAGAUCCGUCAAGAGACACCCCAUCAGUGGCUAGCAGUUAUGCCGGUUCGAUUGCUACCACAACGACAGCUGGCGGGCCCGCAAUGGACUAUCUGGAGCAGUUGGACGAAUGCAACCUCGAUCUCGGUCUGGUGAACUUCAACGAGCUGAUGCAAGGGUACAAACAAUAGGCGGCGACCAAGGGGCGGGCGGUAAGAAGCGCAUUAACAAAACGGCAAGCUUUUUAACACUACGUUAUAAGGAUAUUUUCAAUUACGUUGCGUCGAUUAAGUACAAAAAUUGUAAUAAGUUUCCGUGCAAUAACUCUAUUGUACCUUUCUUUGUAUUAUAUUGUGGUGCUCGAUAGGUUUUUGUUAUGCUUGUGUAGAUGUAGUCGAGCUGUACAUUUUUUAUUUUUAUUGUAAAAAUUCUUUGACUUGAAGAGGAUAUAUAUUUUUAGAAAUUUAUAUAGUCUUGUUGCACUUUUUGAGAGUAAUCUAUAGACAAUCCACUGAAGUAUAUUUUAAGAAAUAUAGACAGGCUGUUCCCUCGCACCCCACAUUACAAAUACUGAAAAUUCUGAUAAUAUUUAUCUGAAAAUUGGUGUUUUUUGGAAAUUUGAAAACUUUCAAAAUUUUUAAAAUCUGCAGAGAUUUUUUAAAUCAAAUUUACAAAUCCAAAAGUUUUCAAAAAAUCCUAAAUAUUUCGAAAAAGACUAAAUGUAGGUAUAGGGAAAGCUGAUAAAAACAAUCAUUAUUAGAAGUCCCAUUACUUCUAAUGUGGGGUUCAGUCGGAACACCUGCAUUUUAAGAAAUAUAGACGAACAAAUUCUCUGAAAGACUUUAAACCUUGUGCCAUGCAAAUCCAUGUGGUGUAGUUAAAGUCACCCAUUUAGUGUUGAUUAGUGUUCACACAGACCCAUAUUUCGUGCCUCUAGCUGUUGUUGUGAUAAAAACACCUUCAUAUGGCCUAGUAGUUGAAAUUUUGGCUCGAUAAGUGCUGUUUUUACAAAAAUAAUUCCACACCUUUGCUGCACCACUCUUACCAACAGCACGAGCUUCUAGGAGUUAUUCUUGUAACUGUUGCAUUUUAUCCCUUUUUUAUUGUUAGGACUUGCUGAUGUUUUUAGUAUAGUUAUGGUUUCUUUUAAAUAAAACGUAAUUAUAUGCU